CAAAAACAUGAAAUAUCCCGGAACCCACGCUGAGCAGCUGACCCCGAUGAGGCUUUCCACGGCCAACAGUGCGUCAGCGGACAUACACGUCCGUUACGACCACCUACAAGCACACAUCUACCGUUCUUCACACUCGCGAACGUUACGGGAACUGCUGACCGGUCCUGCGCUCGAAUGACCAAAAGCUAAAGGCUGGCGGGCCGUUGAUUUUUUGCAGCGAUCCGGGCCACCGCUUCGUCUCGAUGUCAUGGGUUGCAUGACUUAUGCAGGAUGACGACGGCGAGCUAUAAGGCUCAGGAUGACGAGAGAGGUGGGGAACUCACUGCCGGUCCACGAUGGCACUGGGACGAGUGCUGGGUCUGCUGCUGUUGACGGCACCUGCUCUGGGAACGGCACCGAGCGGUCCGUGGGACACGUUCAACUUCGCGCCGCCGUCUAGGACUGUCCACGCUCGUUAUGUUCGCGAGACUGGUGGCAAUAUCACGGGAGCGGCUAACCUGUUGUCUGAGGGUAGCGCGACUUUGAGCGGGACUGCCUCUUAUGUGACACUUGAUUUCGGUUACGAGGUCGGGGGAUGGGUGUACCUCAACUUCGACGAAGUCUCCGAUGGUUCCUCUAUCACGCUCUCCUUCACAGAGUCGCCGCUCUUCAUCAGUCCGUUCAACUCAGACGACUCGUCCUACCCAUCCGCGAACAUGUCCUACGACGGCGUCCUCCACGUCUCGGCGCCCCUCGAGACUGGCAUAUGGACACAGCCUGCUGCCCAGCUGAGGGGAGGCUACCGUUUCCUCACCAUUGCGUCUACAUCGGAUAGUGCGGUGUCCAUAUCGAAUGUCUCGUGCGAGAUUUCGUUUAUGCCUCAUGUGGAGGACAUGAGGAACUACUCUGGCUACUUCUUUGCUUCAGACCCAGACUAUGUCGACCAGAACUUCCUCACCAGGUUGUGGUACUCUGGUGCCUACACGGUGCAGACCGGCACAGUGCCAUUGGACACAGGACGACAAGUCCCGAUUGUCCCGUCGCCAGGUUGGGCGAACAACGCCACGCUCGGUAUAGCAGGUCCCAUUAUCGUAGAUGGUGCCAAACGAGAUCGCGCCGUCUGGCCAGGUGAUAUGGGCAUCGCCGUGCCCACCCAAUUCGUUUCGACCAACGACCUCCUCCCGACGCGCAACGCGCUCUCCACUAUGUUCGCCGCACUCAACCCCGAGACCGGCGCGUUGCCCGAGUCGGGCCCGCCGCUCAGCCAGCAGGGCAGCGACACGUACCACGGCUGGACGCUCAUCGGGACGUACAACUAUUUCCUCUACUCGGGCGACUACGAGUGGCUCGAGGAUACGUGGAGCAACUACACCAAGGCGGUGGCGUACUUGACGAGCAAGGUGCAGAGCAAUGGGCUGCUGAACGUCACCGGGCUGAGAGAUUGGGGCAGGCAGGGGCAGGGUGGGUUCAACUCGGAGGCGAAUGCGAUUUAUUACAAGGUCCUGACCGAUAGCAUCGACCUUGCAACCUGGCUGAACGACACUGUACUGGCGAACGUGUAUGCUGCGAACGCUUCGGCCCUCAAGACUACGUUCAGUGACGCGUUCUGGUUGGAAGACGAGGGGAUGUACCGCGACAACCUCACGUCGACGCUCUGCCCGCAGGAUGCGAACUCACUUGCCAUCUUCUUCAAUAUCACGGAGACGGCGGAGCAGGUCGCGUCCAUUAGUGACGGGCUGACGAAGAACUGGGGCGUGUAUGGGUCGAUCGCCCCCGAGCUGCCCGACACUGUCGCACCAUUCAUCAGCGGAUUCGAGCUGCAAGCACAUUUUGUAGCGGGCAACGACGCACGGGCCAUGGACCUGCUUCACCGGGAGUGGGGAUACAUGCUGUACACGCCCAUCAGCGUGCAAUCGACGCUGCUCGAGGGAUACACCGGCAACGGGUCGCUCUACUACCGCUCGUACCAAGGCUACAACUACGACCCCUCGUACACCAGCCAUGCGCACGGAUGGAGCUCCGGGCCUACAUCAGCACUGACCUUCUACGUCCUCGGCCUGCAGGUCACUUCGCCGCAAGGCCAGACGUGGUCCGUCGCUCCGCACACGUCCGGACUGCCCUGCGCCGAGGGUGGGUUCGAAACGCCGCUUGGAUGGUUCGGCGUUGACUGGGCGACGGAGGAGGGUAGGUUCAACAUCACUAUCGACACGCCGGAGGGGACGAGUGGGAGUCUUCGGCUGCCGUACUCUGGCCCUCUCGAUGGCGCUGAGGCUGAAGUCGACUCGUCUGGGACCCUUAAACUGACUGGUGGAAGCCAUACGGUAGCUGUGCGCGUGUCGUAGUGAACGCGUGCGAAAAAUACUGAUACUUCGUGUUCAGUUGUUCACAUUUGCCUUUGUGAAGGAGUCUGGCCCAACAGAACCCUCUGUGUGUAUUGGGGUUGUGAGACCGCUCAACACAUUCUAUUUUUCU